AUGGGUUUCCGUGGGAAGUUCUUCUUCCCAAUCCUCAUGACUCUAUCGUUAUUUCUAAUAAUCAGAUACAACUACAUAGUCUCCGGUGAUCCUCCUCUCCGGCAAGAUCUCCCUGGACGCCGGUCAUCCUCUUCGGGCGAUGACGUCACAUUUCCCGUCAAGACUCAGUCAAAGAGGACCAAGAGACUGUUUCACACGGCCGUGACCGCCACCGACUCGGUCUACAGCACGUGGCAGUGUCGGAUCAUGUACUAUUGGUACAACAGGUUCAGGGACGAGCCCGGUUCUGAUAUGGGCGGGUUUACCCGGAUCUUGCAUUCGGGUCGACCUGAUGGCCUCAUGGAUGAGAUCCCUACCUUUGUUGCUGACCCUCUUCCCUCUGGUGUUGAUCAGGGUUAUGUAGUUCUGAAUAGGCCUUGGGCGUUUGUGCAAUGGCUACAACAAGCACAUAUAGAGGAAGAUUACAUUCUCAUGGCGGAACCUGAUCAUAUCAUAGUUAAACCGAUACCAAACCUAGCGAGAGGCAAUCUCGGGGCUGCAUUUCCCUUUUUCUACAUUGAACCAAAGAAAUAUGAAUCGGUUCUCCGCAAAUUCUUCCCCAAGGAGAAUGGCCCGAUAUCAAGAAUCGAUCCCAUCGGGAAUUCUCCAGUGAUCGUCUCUAAGAAAGCAUUGAAGAAAAUUGCUCCGACAUGGAUGAACGUUUCUUUAGCUAUGAAGAAUGACCCACAAACAGACAAAGCUUUUGGUUGGGUCCUAGAAAUGUAUGCAUAUGCUGUUUCUUCAGCGUUACACGGCGUGAGCAACAUUCUUAACAAAGACUUCAUGAUUCAGCCUCCAUGGGACACCGAGUCAAAGAAGACUUACAUAAUACAUUACACUUACGGUUGCGAUUUCGACAUGAAGGGGAAUAUAAUGCGCGGGAAGAUUGGGGAAUGGAGAUUCGAUAAACGGUCUUACGGAGAUAAACCGCCCCCAAGAAAUCUCACAUUGCCUCCCCAAGGUGUUCCCGAGAGCGUGGUGACAUUGGUGACAAUGAUGAACGAAGCUACGGCUAAUAUUCCUAAUUGGGAAUCUUAA